CAAAGGUCGCAGAAGGUGCACCCCCCUGCCGGAGUGCCACUUGUGUCUGCCGACUGUUCGUUGCUUUCCGCUCAGUGAGCCGCUGAGCAGCUCUGGCCCCCCCAGUUCAUUGGCAUGCGGGCCAUGACAUCGACCGCCGAUGAGCGGGACGACCCCCGCGCCGCGUACCGCCUCCAGCAGCUGCGCCGCCACCUGGUCUGCCGCCCCGCUACCGCCGCUGCCUCGGAGCUGGGUGGCCCGCUGGCUGCUGCCUGGUGCAAGGCCGCCGACAACACCUCGGUGCAGGAUGCCAGCAAGGUGGUCAGCGCGGAGGAGGCGGCGGCGCUCAUCCCGGACGGCGUCUGGCUCACGCCCGCCGGCUUUGUCGGCACCUCAUGCCCCGAGGCGCUGCUGAACGCCGUCAGGCGGCAGUACGAGGCCACGGGCCACCCCCGCGGCCUAGGCCUCAUUUACGCCGCCUCAGCCGGCAACUCCAAGGGCCGAGGCCUCGACCAGCUGGCGGUUGAGGGCCUGGUGGAUCGGCUGAUCUACGGGUGGACUGGCACCGCCCCCGGCUUCCUCAAGCUGGUGCGGGAGAACAAGGUGCAGGCGUACAAUCUUCCGCUGGGGGUGGUGUCUCACAUGAUUCGAGACGUGGCGGCCAAGCGGGCGGGACCCGUCACCCAUGUCGGCCUGGGCACGUUUGUGGAUCCGCGCGAAAAGGGCGGCAAGCUGAAUAGCGUGACGACUCGAGACAUUGUUCACGUGCUGAACCUGGGCGGCCGGGAACUGCUGUGGUACCAGGCCCCCGACAGGAUUUCGGUGGCGCUGCUGCGAGGCAGCACCGCCGACCUGGACGGCAACGUGUCGUUUGAGCACGAGGCACUGUUCACCGACCAGCUCAACCAGGCGCUGGCGGCGCACAACGGCGGCGGCCUGGUCAUCGUGCAGGUUCACCAGGGGGGGGACCGCGGCACGUUGCACCCAAAGGACUUGCAUCUGCCGGGCGCCAUAGUGGACAGGGUGGUUGUGGCGCCCCCGGAGCUGCACUGGCAGUCGUUUCGGGACCCUCAUUACGAUGGCAGCCUCAGCGGCGAGAUCCGCACCCCGCUGCACAGCAUCCUGCCGCUGCCGCUGGAUGAGCGGCGCAUCAUCGCGCACAGGGCCAUGCUUGAGAUAGACCAGCCCAAUUGCAUAGUGAACCUGGGAGUGGGCAUGCCAGAGGGGGUGGCGGUGAUGGUAGCCACGCAUGGAGCGGCUCAGAACCCGUAUGCAGCAUCGGUCACCCUAUCCACAGAGGCGGGGGCGUUUGGCGGCAUCCCUGGCGGCGGCCUGCGCUUUGGCUCCUCCCACAACCCCGCCUGCCUCGUGCCCACCGCCUCCAUGAUCGACUUUUACAACGGCAGCGGUGUGGAUGUCGCGUGCCUAGGGCUGGCAGAGGUGGACCCCACGGGCAGCGUGAAUGUGAGCAACUUUGGCAACGGGCGCAUGCCCGGCUGCGGCGGUUUCAUCGACAUCUCGCAGACAGCCAAGAAGGUGCUGUUUGUGGGCACCUUCACCAGCAGCGGGCUCAAGGUGGCUGUGGAGGCCGGGCGGCUGGCCAUCCGGCAGGAAGGCAGCCUGCAGAAGUUCCGGCGCGCUGUGCACGAGAAGACAUUCGCGGGGGCGUCAGCCAACGGGCGAACCGUGCUGUAUAUUACUGAAAGGGCGGUGUUCCGGCUGGCCCAGCAGCAGCCUGGCGCUGGCGCCAGUGCCUGCGUGCUGGAGCUUGUGGAGGUUGCGCCAGGCAUCGACAUAGAGCGGGACAUCCUGCCCCACAUGGAGUUCCGCCCGCUCGUCCGCAGCGUGAGGCAGAUGCCGCCGCAGAUCUUCAUCGCCUGACCUGGGCCUGCCAGGAUGCUGAGCCCGCGUUGGCAAGCCGCUGAGUUCACCGAUCCCUCCAGUGAUCCGGCCGCAUCAGCGUGACCUCUGCGCGUUGCCUCAACCCGCUUCCUGCUGCCGUGGUCAUUCAUGUGUACACACCAGCAGAGUGGAGAAACAAGAAAGCACGC